CUUAAAAUCUGUGGUCCUGGCAACACAGUCACCCACGGAAGUUGUGUCUGGAGUAACAACAACAGGAGCUAAAGAAUGUUCGCCUCUUUUUUAAAGCGGUACAGACGUGUAAACUUUACUGCAUAAUUCUGAAUGCCGACAGAAAUUACAUGAAAAAGUUAGCUCACUUUUUGCUGUUUGGAAUCGAAGCGGAAUGCUAAUUAAAUACUGUUUCACACGGACCGAGAAGUCAAGCGUACACACGUAAACACACGCGGGAACUUUUGAUAGUUGGAGAAUAACUAUAUGUUAUCGAAGCGUCAGUCAUGGCCGAUGUAUUGACUCUGGUAUUUCGGACUUUUGGCUCCCGGGCCGAUGUGAAGAAGGAUUUAAAAGCGGUUUGUUGGUCGGCGGGCAGCAGCAGGGCUCUAGUUGUGGGGGAGUGGAGCGUCUGCGGCUCUCUGCUGCUCCUAGCGGCCGCCACAGCUGCAGCACACAUGGGGAGCAAAGUGAUGUUUUUCACCCAGACACAAAUUCAGAGUCUUCCCGUGUCUCUGCAGCGCCUCUUCUCCAGCCUGAGUCCAGACAGCUUGAAGAAAAUCAAGUUCUGCUAUCCGCGGACAGUGGAGGAACUGCUCCAGCAGGUGGCAGCCCUUCAUGAGUCAGCCCACAUAUCUCCCACCCCGCCCUCACUGAUCAUCGUGGACAGGAUGGAGGGCUACCUGCGUGGUCCUGCAGGGGGAAGCCACACCACCUUGCACUCCGGAGAGCAGUCCUGCGCUGCUCAUCUGUCUGCGUUGCUGUGUGACACAGCUGCAUUUUUCUCACGAAUCCUGGAGCAGCGCGGGUCAAACCUGGGCCCCUGCCGGGUCAUCGCCGCUUUCCAGCCAGAGUCAGACACUGGGCAGUCCAGUGUGGAGUCCUCAGCCACAGAUCCCGUCCUCGAUGUCCUCGAUCGUUACUUUCAGGUGCGUUGUACACUUGACCGGGACAGAAGCUAUGACGCUGUGGCUGCUGGAGCACAGGAGGCGUGGCAUAUUUAUCUCUCCGGGACAGGCAUCACAGAAGCCUCGUGCAGCACAGACAAACUGGGAUCAGCCCAAGAGUGGCAGGUAAUCACACGCCAGGAUGGUUUCAUAGAGUUUAAAAUGUCUGUUAAAGACGACAGCAGCGUGUGACCUAAUUCAAGACAAUUUUAUACAUUUUGGGUAAAAUCAGUUUUAUUACCACAUGAUAACAGACCUCUGUGACACAUGAUUAACAUGUAUGUGAGGACAUACAAUUUAAAAAUAAAUUCAACAUGAAUGUGCAAAUGGAAUGUGAAAACUGUUGAUGCAGGCCAAUGAAAUCAGUGCAUGUGUUAUGAGUUCUGAGCAGUUCAGAUGCAAAUUUAUUUUAUUUUCCUACUUGGAUUGUUUGAUGUGAAAUAUUUAAAGAACUACAAACAAGGAAAUAAAUAAAAAAAAAUGUUAUUUUGUCGAUGAGGAUGCAUUUCCUAUUUUCAUUAUUUUCAUAAACAAUUUUUUUUUUAAACUGAUAUACACAAAAAAGGACCAAAAAUAAUACACAAAAUAUAACAUUGGAGGAAACUUGUCUGAAUAUCUGUGGUAUAAAUGACUGUUUAAAAAAAACCACACAACAUAUCUACAGUUACUCAAAUAAAAGACAAAGUAAUAUUUUACAUCAUCUUUCUUAUUCCCUUAAAUAUCUGGUGACCUUUCAGAUGUACCUGUUAAGGGUCACGAUCCUCCAGUCUGGGAACAACUCUUUUUUUCUGUGUCUGAUAUCACAGUAAAAACUAUUAUUUUACAAGUUUUGAAAAAAAACUUGACAUGGUUAUUUAGAAAAUGAGUGACUAUUAUGAAGAUAUUUACACACUUCAGAAAACAGUUAUGGUCAGACGUUUACAUACACUAGUGGCCAUGAAUAUUGUGGCAAUUUUGGGUUUUCAAUGG